GACGCAAGGGGCGGGACCCGCCACCACCGCCUCUGCUUCCGCCGCCGUCGCAGCCGAAGCGGGUACCGCCACCUGCCGCUGUGCGUUGGGCGGGGGAGGAGUUGGAGGCGGAGAAGAAGGCGGUGGUGGCGGGUGGAGGAUCAAGCGCUAUUCUCGCUCCGGAGCCGCUGCACAGUUCGGAAUCUUCUGCAGCUUAUCGAUUUUGUGAGUAAAAACUAAGUCACAUCCAAAAUUCCACUGAACUGGGCACACAAAAACUGCCAUAUAUGUCACAGUAUAGUGAGAAAGAGUCAGCAGCAAUGGAUCAAGAAUCCAACAAGGCUGCCUGGCCCAAACCAGCAGGAGGAUAUCAAACAAUCACAGGCAGGAGAUAUGGAAGAAGACAUGCAUAUGUCAGUUUUAAACCUUGUAUGACCAGGCACGAAAGAAGCUUAGGUCGAGCUGGUGAUGACUAUGAAGUGUUGGAACUAGAUGAUGUUCCAAAGGAAAAUUCCUCAGGUUCCAGUCCAUUGGAUCAAGUUCAGUCUUCUUUACCCAAUGAUCCUUUAUUUGAAAACAAUGAAACAGGAAUUCCCAUUUGUGAUACAGCACUGAAUCAAACCAUUGAGAGCAGUCCAUCCUUUGCUGCAGUACAUCAUAAUGGGGAAGGCAGGGAGACCUUAGGAAGCAGUACGAAUCUUCAUAAUCACUCAGAGGGAGAAUAUACUCCAGGAGUUUGUAACGCCUCAAGUGUCCAAAAUGGAAUUGCAUUGGUUCAUACUGACUCUUACAAUCCAGAUGGCAAACAUGGAGAGGAUAAUGACCGUCUUCAGCUUUCUGCAGAAGUUGUGGAAGGUCGUAGAUAUCAGGAAACAUUGGGCAAUACAAUAUUUGAGUUGGAAAAUGGAGAGGUAGAGGCAUAUACUGGUCUUUCACCACCAGUUCCUUCUUUUAACUGUGAAAUACGAAAUGAGUUUGAAGAAUUUGAUUCAGCGCCUUUAGUGAAAAGUUCUACUGGUGAUACUGAGUUUGUCAAUCAAAACAAACACGAAUUUCGGAGGUCCUCUUCUGAAGAGGAUGUUACUAGAAAGGAGCAAAAUAAUCCUAGCCAGGAGACACAGAGAGAAAACUCAACUGAAGAUUCAGCCUGUGCUCUGGGGCAUAUUUGCCGUGAACAAAAUACCAGGGGUAGGGACAACAACCAGGGAAGUUCUCCUGAACAGGUAGUGAGACCCAAAGUUAGAAAACUGAUCAGUUCAAGCCAGGUGGACCAAGAAACAGGUUUUAAUAGGCAUGAGGCUAAACAAAGAAGUGUUCAGAGGUGGAGGGAGGCUUUGGAAGUUGAGGAAAAUGGCUCAGAUGACCUCUUAAUAAAAUGUGAUGAUUACGAUGGAGAACAUGACUGUAUGUUCUUGGAUCCACCUUACUCAAGAGUUACACAGAGGGAAACAGAAAAUAACCAGAUAACAUCAGAAAGUGGAACCACAGCAGGAAGGCAAGAAGUUGUGGAUAACACCUUUUGGAAUGGUUGUGGAGAUUAUUACCAACUAUAUGACAAAGACGAAGAUAGUUCAGAAUGCAGUGAUGGAGAAUGGUCGGCUUCUUUGCCUCAUAGAUUUUCUGGUACAGAAAAAGAUCAGUCUUCAAGUGAUGAAAGCUGGGAGACUCUACCAGGAAAAGAUGAGAAUGAACCUGAACUACAGAGUGAUAGCAGUGGUCCUGAAGAAGAAAACCAAGAAUUAUCUCUUCAGGAAGGGGAACAGACAUCUUUGGAAGAAGGAGAAAUUCCUUGGUUGCAGUACAAUGAAGUCAAUGAAAGCAGCAGUGAUGAAGGAAAUGAGCCGGCCAAUGAAUUUGCACAGCCAGAAGCGUUCAUGUUGGAUGGUAACAAUAACCUUGAGGAUGACUCCAGUGUGAGUGAAGAUUUGGAUGUGGACUGGAGUCUGUUUGAUGGCUUUGCGGAUGGACUAGGAGUUGCUGAAGCUAUUUCUUAUGUGGAUCCUCAGUUCCUCACCUACAUGGCACUAGAAGAACGCUUAGCCCAGGCUAUGGAGUCUGAGUUUCUUUUGGCCUUGGCCCUAUCCUCUAUUACUGCCUUGGCCCAUUUAGAGUCUCUUGCAGUCGAUGUCGAGGUGGCCAACCCACCAGCAAGUAAGGAGAGCAUUGAUGGUCUUCCAGAGACACUUGUUCUUGAAGACCAUACCGCCAUUGGUCAGGAGCAGUGCUGCCCAAUCUGUUGCAGUGAGUACAUUAAGGAUGACAUAGCGACAGAGUUGCCCUGCCACCAUUUCUUCCACAAACCCUGUGUCUCAAUUUGGCUACAGAAGUCAGGAACAUGCCCUGUAUGCCGCCGUCAUUUCCCACCGGCAGUGAUCGAAGCAUCUGCAGCUGCUUCCUCUGAGCCUGAUCGCGAUGCCCCGCCUUCAAAUGACAGUACUGCGGAAGCUCCUUAAACCUUAACACUUGAAUGAGAUCAGUCUAUCAAAGUAAAUCUGCAAAUUCCUUCUAAACCUGAUGUGCAAAUAAUUAUAUAUAAAUACAUUUAAAUGCUAUAUAUAGUCUAUGCCAUAGUUUAGAAAGAAAAUAUUGACCUUUCUAAACUAAAAUUAGGUUUGCAGAAAGUACUAACAUUUUCAAGCUGAAUGUUGAAGCAGAACACCUUUUUUUUUUUAGUUGAAGAUGUCGAUAUUAAUUGUAAAAGUCGAGCGUACCACACAGCUGUCUCCAGAGCAGUAGCCGUCUGUGUGGCACACCUCACUGGUCUUGUCUGGAGGACUGACCAGUCUGGGUUAUGACUGAGCUCUCCUGUCUGCGUCAAAUGUGAGGACUACCAUCACAACAGUAGUAAACUUUGGUUUCAUUGGAAAUAAAAAAGAAUUCUAAAGCAUGCUUUUUCAUUGGUCCCUUUGCUUUUGCUACAUCAAAACCUCUCGGUUUGUAAUACUGAGUGGUUUUUUAGGAAGGUGUCUGUUCUUCAUCUUUGUUUAAAAUUGGGACUUUUUAAGAAUGCCAAACAAAGGCUGAAAUUUUGGCUAGAGCAUCACAAAAUUUCAAAAUCUUAAAUGUAAUCCCCUGUAAAUGGUUAGGUAGUAAAAUAAAUUAUUUUCUUUAAAUGUUGGAUGUGCUCAAGUCAGCUGAGGAGAGUAUAGGACCGGUCUGGUGCUCAGUGCUGGGCACAGCAAGGUGAACUGGGCACAGAAGACGUUCUUUCUACUUGGUUAAAAGUAUACUGAAGGGUCCAGAACACUCAUGGCACAUUUGUUUAAUAACUAUUGGGUAUCAUUAAAGUAACUUUUGUUCUGAAAUUACUCGGGAGGUCUGAAAACAUGCAUAAAGUAUUUUUUACCACUCAUUCUGUUAUAUCCUAAAGGAAAAUCUGAAUCUUCUGUUAACUGUUCUGACUUGUAUAAAGCUUAAAAUUGAUUGGGUAUAGCACAGAUUUGGCCAUACCUUUUUACAACAUAUCUAAACUUAUUGUGUUAUAAUUUAUUUCUUUAACAUAUUCCUGAACAAAGAUUAUUUAUAUUGCAAUAUCAGUAUUUGUUUCUUUACACUAAUUUAUUUUGGUAAAAGUAUUCACCUGGAACUAAAAUAAAAAUAGGUAGUUUCAAAUUAAGCCAAAUUAAACCAUGGGUGAAAAGGGAAUAGUUUAUAUGAUUGCCUAGUGACUGUGAACAGAGCUGAACCUGUAACACAGUUCCCUUCUUAUAUUGGUUUAAAAGAGAAAAGAUCUUGACCUUAGAUUUACUGUCUAAAAGAAGUCUGUUCAAAAGCUUCUGCGAGACUAAGGAAGUCCACUUUCCUUAUUCUUUUUUAUGUGAAAUUCACCUAUAAGGUCACCUCUGUAAUUGCAUAACCCUGCACUAAGAUUGCACAGCUUUCUGUUUAGCUGAUCACACCCAGUAGGCAAUUAUGUAUAAACAUGGACAUGAUAGUUAACUUACAGAUAUGAUUUGAUAUCAUCGAACACCAGAGAAUGAUGGCUGUUAGAAUAUGACAUUUGAGCAAGUGACACGGUAAAGCACAUAGUGAGUGUACAUCCAUUCAAGCAGUACACUGACAAUUUACUUUGGACAUGUACAAGGGACAUGUGGCUUCCUAAAUACAAAAUGACAUUCUAUUUGUGUGAUUUCUCUGAGUGUUUAUAUUCCAUCUGUUUUCUUUAUUCUUAAAAAUAAAUGAAUUUUCACUGUUGGCACAUUUGAAGCUUAAAUAUAAGGAACAUAACACUUGCAUUCUAAUUUUUGCAUAUAUUGUAAAUGUGUCUGGUAUUUACAGCAAAAUACUAUGUAUCCUUUUAUGAGUAAAACAAAACUGAACAUUGCAUGCAUGUAAUGUGGUGACUUUGUAAUUUAGGGGUUCUUUGGGGCUUCUGUGACUUCGGAAAUGCUUACAUUCAGGCCUUAAUGUUGCAUUAGCUAGCAUGUUUUCCUUCUGAUGUAUAUAGUCUCCAUUGUAUAAACUAACCUUUGCUUGUUUUCUACUCUGUGAUCUUCCCGUACCAUGUUUCAUUAACGAUCAGUUAGUGUCAAAGAGUCAAACCAGACUAAAAUUAAUUCUCAUCUGUGUAUUGUGAAAAUUUGUGGCUAGUAUGAUUUUGUUUGUUUUUUUGGUUUCCAGAAAUUUGUGGCUAGUGUGUUUUUUGUUGUUCCCUUUAAGUAAUAUUGAGCGGUUGUGACACUUCCUGGUCGAACUGACAUCACUCCAGAUUUCCCUGUAAUGAGCCACACAUUAUAUUUAGGCAGUAUUAAGGGACCUUGGUUUUCUUCUCCUGAACAAUAGCAGCUGUCCCAAAGAAAACAUUUCUUCUUUGCCUGUUCAGAUUUAGCUGUUACCUGCCACUUGUUAAGAGGCUUUCGUUCCAAACUCAACCAGUAGUGUUGAGAGCUGAACUUAAGGCAGCUGCUGCACUUUUUGCUUUCCAUCUGUUUCUGUCCUUCGUUCUUGGCUCCCUGUUGUCUAUAAACAGCUGCUAUGGAGGAGAAAAGUUGAAUAAGAGUUGGCAUAUAAAAUAUUUUUAAAAGAAAAUGGAGGUUUUAGGGUUUGCAUUGUAACCAGCUGAUAAAAGCUGAGGUUGACAAGUUCAGACACCAAAAUAUUGUUUGAUCAGAUCUUUAAUCCUUUUGAAAAAGUUAAGACUAUAUGAAGGUAAAUUAGAAGUAAGUAUAAAUAGUAAUAAUUAAAAUGUUAUUUCCCUCAUUUCUCUCUUAUAUGUUAAGUGACUUGACCUAAUAAUUUUAUUUUUUUAAACAUUUUCUUCUUUUUUGUAAUAUGAAUGCUGAUAUUUAAACCUAGAUCCAUGUGGUUUUCUUUUGUGUUUCUUCAUUGUUUAUCUCUAAGCUAACUAACUCUAAAGAUUAAUUUGUUAUCUGGAUUUAUAUAUAAGCUGUUAAAUAUAUAUGAACUGUUAAAAUGGAAUGCAAGUUUUUCAAAAGCCCAGGUCUAAAUGUAAUGAUUGGUUUAUCGUUCUACAGUCUAUCAUUUUCUGUGUAAAUCAUAAAUAAUAAACAGGAUAUACUCAGUGGUCAUUUCUAA